AUGGGGGAAACGGAAAGGUACAAUCCGAAGUGUGCAUGUAGGUCAGUUGAACUGAUCCCUAAAGUGUUCUGCCCGUCGAUCCAAUCUCCUGGAUUGAGAACGAAUAAUAUGACCAUCUUUUCCCGAUAUAGUUUCGCUAACUGUUGGGUUCCUAAUACCGGUUUCGUUAGCAAUCCUGAACAGUUGUCUGCUGUUGCUCAUUGCCUCUGCCUUUUCCAUCUCUCUUGGUUUCGCUACCCACCACUGUUCACGAUCAUU